AUGUCCUACAAAAAGUUUGUGUACUUUAUUAACCUUUUCUUUCUACUAGGUGCUACAUUGUUGACAUUUUUUUUAAUACUAGCCGGUGGUAGAAACACAGGAGUAUUGAAGAACUUUUAUUGGUUUCAGGCAUCCACUUCGGGUUUUAACUCGGCGCCUUCCGUGACCAGAUGGUAUAAUUAUAACUGGUGUGGCUGGGAGAGUCGCGGCUUGGCCGUAAAUUGCUCUUCUAAAAUGGCGGCUCAGCCGUUCUCGCCCAGGGACAACUUUGGUAGUUCUCCUCUCAUGCCCGCAAGUUUUUUAAACAACAGAAAUACUUAUUACUACCUUUCAAGAGUAGGCUGGGCGAUGCUCUUGAUCGCGCUCUUUUUCUUAUUGAUCACGCUAGCCUCAGUCACCACCAGUGUGAUCAGAUACACAAGACGCACUGCAUCUGUGGCGACUGCUACGAGCUGGAUUACUCUUUUUUUCAUGACCCUUUCCGCUUGUCUCUAUACAGGGUGUUACGCCAAGGCAGUGAAGGCAUUCCACCACGAAAAUCGCGAUGCUAGACUAGGUCCCAAAAACUUUGGGCUCAUUUGGACUACAGUUUUUCUGUUAAUAGUGAACGCAAUUUGCUCUACUGCCAUGGUAGUUAUACACAAAAGAAACGAGUACGUCUACGACCGCAGUUUUGUCUCUACCAAGACGACAGACUCACAGACUUUGACCCCUGUGCCAACAAACGAAGGACUGCCUUCCUCUGUUCCUGUAACAACCGUUCAACAGCCCCAACUACAUAGUAGUGGCAAGUUCUUCAAGAAAUUGAGGGCAAAGAAGAGAACCGUCACCAACGCAGGCGAUGAACCGAACCAGAUACAAGAAGAACGUAUCUACACUGAACAGAACGUCCCUGUCGUAUCUUAG